AUCUCGGUGCAAUUCAUUAUUCCACAAGUAUCAUUCACGGUUCCGUUUGUUCCGCAGCCACCAUUUUGGGCUCCGGCAAUGCUUUUCACGGUGGCUGUCGUACCCUAAACCCAUCACUUCACAGUCAUGGGGAUACCAUGGGACGACGUCGUUGUGAUCCAGCAAGGGAAGGACCUCAAUGAGCCCUGUAUCGUCACCGUCAAUUGCCCCGACAAGGCUGGUCUCGGAUGCGAUCUUUGCAGAAUCAUCCUCGAGUUCGGUCUCCGCAUUACCCGCGCCGAUAUUUCCACGGAUGGAAGGUGGUGCUACAUCGUGUUUUGGGUUCUUCCAAAUCCAGCAUCUAUCAAAGUUGAUUGGGAGAGUUUGAAGACUCGCCUCCUUUCAGUUUGCCCUUCAUGUUUGUUUUCUUAUCACUUCAAUCAACUCUCAACAAGUCCUUCACCGCCACUGAUUUACCUGUUGAAGGUUUGGUGUGUUGAUCAAAAAGGGUUGCUACAUGAUAUUAAUGAAAUCCUGUGCAACCUUGAAUUAAUUAUUCAGAGAGUCAAAGCGAUGCCAACCCCAGAUGGCAGGGUGUUAGACAUGUUCUUUAUCACAGAUGGGAUGGAAUUGCUUCACACGAAAAAGAGACAAGAUUAUGUGUGUGAAUCUCUAAAGGACGCUUUAGGAGAGAGGUGUAUCUCCAGUGAACUUCAAUUGGCUGGGCCUGAAUAUGGACACCUGCAGGGGUUUUCUUCUCUUCCACCAGCUUUUGCUGAAGAAUUAUUUAGUUCUGAGCUGCUGGACAAGGUGUCUUUGCAUCCACUCAGCCAAGAUAUGAAAACACUGAAGACACCUACUGUUACUGUAGAUAAUUCACUGAGCCCAGUUCAUACCUUACUUCAGAUUCAGUGUGUUGACCAGAAGGGUCUGUGUUAUGACAUUAUGAGGAUUUCUAAGGACUCUGAUAUUAAGGUUGCUUUUGGUCGAUUUUCAUCAAGCGUGGAGGGCUUUAGAAACAUAGACUUAUUUGUUCAGCAAAAUGAUGGGAAAAAGAUCAUAGAUCCUGAUAGUCAGAAAACCCUAUGCUCAUGCUUAAAAGAAGAGAUGCUUCAUCCUUUGAGGGUGAUCAUAGCCAGCCGGGGUCCAGACACAGAACUUCUGGUUGCUAAUCCUGUGGAGCUUUCUGGAAAGGGAAGGCCCCGUGUGUUCUAUGAUGUUACAUUGGCUUUAAAAGCUUUGGGAGUAUGCAUUUUCUCGGCUGAAGUUGUAAGACAUUCAACGCAAGAGCGCCAAUGGGAAGUGUAUAGAUUUUUGUUGGAGGAAAACCGUAACUUCCCAUUGACCAGAAGCCAAACAAGAAGCCAGAUUGUGGACAAAGUAAGAAGGACAUUGAUGGGUUGGUAAUUUGGCUCAGUACAAAAGAAAAACACUUUGGUGUGGUGUGCGUUUUUUAAUCCCUCUUUGUUAAUCACAACUUGCUUUCUUUCUUUUUAAUAUGGUUUAGGCAAAAUCAACAACAAUCAUGUAAUUUAGCAUUGUAGACUAUCUUAUGUUUCUUUUCUUUGGCUCUAGUGAUACAUUUUCUGUAUAUUGGUUUCAUCAUUUUGAAAAAAAUUAGAUCCUUUCGAUUAA